CAUUUCUUCUCUCUCUCUCUCUUUCUCUUGCAAGAAAGAUCCCUCUUUCUAUUGCAAGAAAGAGAGAGAUAACGAAAACAAAACAGGAAAAACAAAGAAGAAGAAUCCAAUCUCUGUUAAUUUCAAAAGGCAAAAUGUUUGAUGGGCUGUUUAAACCCAAAUUUUAUACGAAAUGCAAGUCGUUGGUCAAGAUAACGAAAACAAGAGUAGAGACGGUAAAGAGGAAGAAAAACUCUGUUUGCAAAUAUCUGAAGAACGACAUUGUCGAUCUUCUCAGGAACAGCCUCGAUUACAAUGCAUAUGGCAGGGCAGAAGGGCUUAUUGAGGAGAAAAGGAGGCUGUCCUGUUACGAGCUGUUGGAGCAAUUCUGCAUCUGUGUUGCAUCCAAUGUGUCUCUCUUACAGAAAUCCAGUAAAUGCCCUGAUGAGUGUCGUGAGGCCAUCUCCUCCCUCGUAUAUGCGGCCGCUAGAGUCUCGGAAGUGCCAGAGCUUCGCGAUCUCAGGUCUUUAUUUGCUGAUAGAUACGGGAAUUCACUUGAACAGUUUGUGAAUCCUGAGUUUGUAGAGAGAUUCAAAGCAGAGCCCCCGUCAACGGAAAUGAAGGUAGAGCUGCUGCAGGAAAUCGCCAGAGAAUACUCCAUCAAAUGGGAUGCCAAGUCUUUAGAAAAGAGGCUCUACACAACACCACCACCAACAAUUCUUCAUCAUCAUCAUACGGAAACUGAAGAGCCGCCGAAACCAAAAACAAAGGCCAAUACUGGAGAAAACACAAGCAGCAUUUCGUUUCAUGGCAGAAAAGACUCUUUCGAUGACGACGACAACAAGUCCAUGAGUAGAAGAAGCGAAGACGACUCCAUGAGUACAAGCGAGAGUUGCGUCUCUGGCCCGGAGGAAGAUCCCGAAACCAAACCUUUCUACUACCGAUUCAUGCCUGCGCCUUACAACAGCAAACCCAAAAUCGAGAAACAGGAAAGCAACAUCACCAAAUCCCAACUCAUGGCGGACGACGACACUGAUUCGCCGAGUGCGGGAAGACCAAAGCCGAGAUCAGUGAGACGGCGAUUGGCGAACCCGCCUCCAGAUGCGCCUGAAUAUUCGGUGAAACAAACAAGUAAGAACAUGAGAUCGGACUCGAUGGAGAAUGCAGGCGGAGAGGGGGUUAGGAGGAUGAGUCGUCGAACAGCGUCGUGGCAGCCUAAGCCCUCCAACGUCCCAGAUUUUGAUGAGGUCGCCGCUCGCGUAGAUGCUCUCACUCGGAAUUGAUCUUCUUCUUCUUCUUCUUCUCCUUCUUCUUCAGUU